ACCCAGAAUUCCAUUGAAAAGCCUGUGAAAAUGGACUACAGCGAAUUUAUUGUGACGCAGUGUCCAGAAACUGUGAUUUACAUUCCCAACUUCAUCACAUCGGACGAAGAAAAAUUCAUCCUGGCUUCAGUGGCUGCAGCCCCCAAGCCGAAGUGGACACAGUUGCUCAACAGGCGAUUGAUCAACUACGGUGGAGUACCUCAUAAGAAUGGCAUGAUAGCCGAGGAAAUGCCACGAUGGUUGCAGACUUUCGUGGAGAAGAUUAAUAAUUUGGGUGUUUUGGGGGACAAGAAGGCUAAUCAUGUUCUUGUGAAUGAGUAUCUUCCUGGUCAGGGAAUUAUGCCCCAUACAGAUGGACCACUCUUUCAUCCAGUUAUCUCGACAAUUUCCUGUGGUUCUCACACGAUUCUUCGGCUGCAGAAGACAACAGUUGAAGUGCCGGAAGAGUCUGAGAUGCAGGACAUCCUCGUGGAACCACGGAGUUUGCUUCUGAUCAAGGAUGAUGCCUACCAUGAUCAUAUGCAUUCAAUUGAGGAACGCCUGGAAGAUGUGAUUGAUGAUCGGGUGAUGAAUCUCAGUCUCUGCGAAAAUACCCAUGAGCCAGGGACUGUUCUCACGAGGAAUCGCCGGAUUUCUCUGACAAUUCGACAUGUGCCCAAAACAAGUAAAAUGAAAAUUAAGCUGGGAUUCUAAAUGAUUUUUCAAAGUUUUAUUCUUAAGAAUUUAACAAGUUUUUAUGUGAUCUUUUUUGCAUUUUGGCUUACGACAUUUGUUGAUGAAACCAUCGAGGACUAAUGCCUUGAAAAAAAAACAAUAAUUUCUAAUUAGGGAAAAGAUUUUAUUGAGCUUAGAAGGAAGAAAGGCUUCAUAUAAAAGCAAUUCAGUGCCAAAUAGGUCUUCAGAAUUUUAGUCAAUUUCCCUGUUAAAUUUGGGAUUAGAAAAAAGAAAGAAAAAUUGAAAAUUUCGUAGAAAAGGAAAAGUUUUAUUGUUUAUGAAAAAUUGCGUCACAAUAAAAGUUAAAUUGAGCUUCCAGAAAA